AUGUCCGAUACUACUAGAAGAGUGAAGCUGCUAUGGACUCGCGUGAGGCGUAAAUAUUUGGAAGUGCACCACUACCUUGACACAAGCUUUUAUAAGCAGUGCCGAAGUAUCCUACAUGUGGUAAUGGAUCUAGACAGGGACGGGAUAUUUGCCCGCGACCCCUCCAAGCUACCGGACUACCGGAUGAUUAUUUCGCACCCAAUGUGGUGGGACCUCAUUAAGGCUCGCCUCACAAGAUAUGAGUACACAUCCCCAUCUGCAUUUAUCAAUGACAUGCGUCUCGUCGUUCAAAAUUGCUACGACUAUAAUAGAGAGGAAUCACCCUUCUCCACCUUGGCACGCCGAAUUGAAAUUGCAAUGGAGGACCUUUUCGUCACGGAGCUCUCCCUCGACCCACCUGAUCCACGUGAGGUGUUGAGGCUUGGUGGAAGUGCAAGUAAGUCUCACGGUCGACAACUAUGGGAGAUAAUAUGCCGUUACGAGGGAUGCAAAAGGGGUGAAACACCCAAACACCAGCAGAUCAGACCCGCUGAACUGAAGUGUGCAACGCGCCGCCGCCUCAUAAUGGAAUUACGCCGCUUAUCGGCCAAAGCAAGAGGAGGCACUCACGGUGGCCGGUCCGAAAAGGCAGCGAGUGCCCAACGUGCACAACCGCCUGCUUCUUCCUCACGGCGUCCGGAGAAAGCGAAGUUCCCUACACGAAGCAUUCUGGAAACAGAUGAUGACGUUCACUUCAGAGAAGAGCAAAACGUUCCACAGGAGCCACCAAGGAAAGAGCCACGCCUCGAGCGCGUGCCGCAGAACGAACGCGCUGGCUUUUCUUCUUUCGCCUUACUUAGUCCUGUAGAAUUCGACGAAGGCUCAGAUGAGGUACAAUUCAACGAAGAGGCGAGGGUGGAAAACUGA